AUGGAAGCUAUGAAACUGGCUUUGAAACGGACAUGCAAACCAACGGACUCGGCUUUCGGUUCCAUCGAACUCAAGCAGGUGCGGUUCACUGGAGGUCUUCUGGUGACCGAAAACGGCACGUUGUACCGCCCAGUCGACCCCAACGAGCCACAGUAUGUCGGCGAGCCAAGUCCCGACAUCGACAGGAACUGGGCGGAUCUGCUGUACGCGCCGGAAGUCGGACUGUACGGCGAGGAUGCGGCUCAGCUGGUUGGGAAGACCUACCAGAUGCCCGAGAGCGGUGCGUAUCGAUCCGCGCUGGAUGUAUUCCACACGUUGCAUUGCGUGAACGAAGUCCGCAAGGAGCUCGAUAACUGGUACUACGACUUCAGCACGCACCGCGAACCGCCGAACGUCCGGCGCAUGCACAUCGACCACUGCCUCGACUACCUGCGCCAGUCGAUCAUGUGCAGUGCCGACAUGACGCCCGCAACGCUGUUCUGGAGCGACGCCAACCAGCGCGUCUACAACUCCUUCACCAACCUGCACACGUGCCGCAACCUGGACCUGUUGCACGCGUGGAGUAAGGAACACUCGUGCGGGGCGGAUUGUCCGUAG